CCCCCCGCCCCGGCCGGCACUGCCCAUGGGCCCGGCACGAUGCCGGUGCGGCGGGGGCACGUCGCCCCCCAGAACACCUUCCUGGACACCAUCAUCCGCAAGUUCGAGGGGCAGAGCCGCAAGUUCAUCAUCGGGAACGCGCGUGUGGAGAACUGCGCCGUGAUCUACUGCAACGAGGGGUUCUGCCGGCUCUGCGGGUACUCGCGGGCCGAGGUGAUGCAGCAGCCCAGCACCUGCGACUUCCUGCACGGGCCCCGCACCCAGCGCCGCGCCGCCGCCCAGAUYGCCCAGGCCCUGCUGGGCGCUGAGGAGCGCAAGGUGGAGAUCUGCUUCUACCGCAAGGACGGCAGCUCUUUCCCGUGCCUGGUGGACGUGGUGCCGGUGAAGAACGAGGAUGGCGCYGUCAUCAUGUUCAUYCUCAACUUUGAGGCCGUGAGGGAGCCYGAGCCCGGGGAGGCCCCGACCCCCAGCACCAACCACUGGGUCACCCCAGCCCCCUGGGGCCCUGCAGGACGCAGCCGGUCCCUGCGGCUGAAGCUGCUGGCGCUCACGGGCAGCCGCCAGUCGCUGCCCCCGGAGCCGCCGGAGCCCCCAGACGUGGUGGUCGUGGACCCUGGGGUCAUGGACCCGCUGGCCAUGGACCUGGCUCUGCCUGGCGGCGACUCAGGCCCUGAGGACGCCUCAUCCUCGCUGGAACCUGGUGCUGGGGACCAUCCGGAGGACGAGGCGGCGCUGAUGGGCGAUGCUGAGCUGCCAGUGACACAGUCGUCCCCGCGGGCUGAGCGCCUGGCUCUGGCCUUUGCCAACCACAGCCUGGCCCGGAGCCGGUCCCGGGAGCGCCGGUCCCGGGAGAGCCUCCGCAGCUUGCGCCGGGCGUCGUCUGUUGAUGACAUUGAGGCUAUGAAGGGUGAUGCGGACAAGCGCUGCCACAGCCGCCAUGCCAGCGCCAGCGCCGGCCUGCACCGCGGCUCCAGCACCGGUGCGGUGGCUGCCGUGCGCAGCGCGCUGCUCAACUCCACAUCGGACUCGGACCUGGCGCGGUUCCGGGCCAUUGGCCGCAUCCCCCAGAUCACCCUCAACUUCAUGGACCUGCAGCCGGGAGGGCUCCUGGCCCCGCCCCCCGCCCCCCSCCCAAUCAUCGCCCCCACCAAACUGCGCGAUCGCACCCACAACGUCACUGAGAAGGUCACACAGGUGCUGUCACUGGGUGCAGAUGUGCUCCCYGAGUACAAGCUGCAAGCGCCGCGCAUCCACCGCUGGACCAUCCUSCACUACAGCCCCUUCAAGGCAGUGUGGGACUGGCUGAUCCUGCUGCUGGUCAUCUACACGGCCAUUUUCACGCCCUACUCGGCCGCCUUCCUGCUCAGUGACUCUGAGGAGGCCCAGCGCCACCACUGCGGCUACUCCUGCAGCCCACUCAACGUCGUGGACCUCAUCGUGGACAUCAUGUUCAUCAUCGACAUCCUCAUCAACUUCCGCACCACCUACGUCAACUCCAACGAGGAGGUGGUCAGCCACCCUGCCAAGAUCGCCAUCCACUACUUCAAGGGCUGGUUCCUCAUCGACAUGGUGGCCGCCAUCCCUUUCGACCUGCUCAUCUUUGGCUCCGGUUCUGAGGAGACCACGACGCUCAUCGGGUUGCUGAAGACGGCGCGGCUGCUGCGGCUGGUGCGGGUGGCGCGGAAGCUGGACCGCUACUCGGAGUACGGCGCGGCCGUGCUCUUCCUCCUCAUGUGCACCUUCGCGCUCAUCGCCCACUGGCUGGCCUGCAUCUGGUAYGCCAUCGGCAACGUGGAGGGGCAGCGCACGGGCUGGCUGCACGCGCUGGGACAGCAGAUCGGGAAGCCCCUCAACGGCAGCGACCCCCGCCGCGGGCCCUCCAUCAAGGACAAGUACGUCACCGCCCUCUACUUCACCUUCAGCAGCCUCACCAGCGUCGGCUUUGGCAAYGUCUCUCCCAACACCAACUCCGAGAAGAUCUUCUCCAUCUGCGUCAUGUUGAUCGGAUCUCUGAUGUACGCCAGCAUCUUUGGGAACGUCUCAGCCAUCAUCCAGCGCCUGUACUCCGGCACGGCGCGCUACCACACGCAGAUGCUGCGGGUGCGCGAGUUCAUCCGCUUCCACCAGAUCCCCAACCCGCUGCGCCAGCGCCUCGAGGAGUACUUUCAGCAUGCCUGGUCCUACACCAACGGCAUCGACAUGAACGCGGUGCUGAAGGGAUUCCCCGAGUGCCUGCAGGCCGACAUCUGCUUGCACCUGAACCGCAGCCUGCUGCAGAACUGUGCCCCGUUCCGGGGGGCCACCAAGGGCUGCCUGCGGGCACUGGCCAUGAAGUUCAAGACCACACACGCGCCCCCCGGGGACACACUGGUGCACGCGGGGGACGUGCUCACCGCGCUCUACUUCAUCUCCCGCGGCUCCAUCGAAAUCUUGCGCGGCGACGUCGUCGUUGCCAUCCUGGGUAAGAACGACACGUUCGGGGAGCCGCUGCAUCUGCACGCCCGGCCCGGGAAGUCAAGGGCGGAUGUGCGGGCGCUCACCUACUGCGACCUGCACAAGAUCCUGCGUGAGGACCUGCUCGAGGUGCUGGACAUGUACCCCGAGUUCUCCGACCGCUUCUGGGGCACCCUGGAGAUCACCUUCAACCUGCGCGACACCAACAUGAUCCCCGGCUCCCCGGGCAGUGACGAGCUGGAUGGAGGCUUCUCCCGGCUCCGGCGCCGCAAGCUGUCCUUCCGCCGGCGCUCCGAGAAAGACGCCCCCAGUCCCGGGGAGUCCCGGGCGCUUCGAGGGGAAGGCGGUGGAGGCCAGGCCCCCGGAGCCCCCCCCGGCCCGGCCGAGUGGGAGCCCCCCAGCCCCUCCAGCUGCGGCUCCAGCGAUGAGGAGGAGCCCCCCGCACCGCCCCCGGGGGCCACGGCGCUGUCCCCGUUCCGCAGCGCCCCGCCGGCCCCCGCCGAGCCUGAGGAGCGCAAGGACAGUGACAUGUGCAACCCUCUCUCAGGCGCCUUCUCGGGGGUCUCCAACAUCUUCAGUUUUUGGGGUGACACCCGGGGCCGCCAGUACCAGGAGCUCCCCCGUUGUUCCCACGCAGCCUCCCCAAACCCUCCCCCGACCCUGACCCGCCGCCAGCGCUCCAACCUGGAGUCCCGCUUGGAUCUGCUCCAAAAACAGAUCAACAGGCUGGAAUCCCGGCUGAGCUCGGACAUCUCCUCCAUCGUGCACCUGCUGCAGCGCCAGGUGCUGGUGCCCCCCGCCUACAGCACCGUGGCCUCCCCCCACCAGCCCCCCCCGGGGCCGCUGCCCCCCACUCUGCCUAUCACCCCCAUCCGGCCGCUCGCUCAGGUCCUGCGCCCCCCGCGUGCCCCGGACCCGCCGGACGUGGUGCUGCUGCUGGAGCCGCCCCCGCCGCGGCGCCGCUCCCUGCCCGGGGCGCUGCCGCCCCCCACGGGGACCCCCCCGGGGACCCCCCCGCUCCARAGACAUUGCUCCGACCCCGGCAGCUAAUGGGAGUGCCGGGGCGCGGUGGGACCCGCAAAGCCACGGGACCCCCGACCCCGGAAUGCGGGACCCCCGGAGCCCUCAGACCCCAGGAUAUGGGACCCCCAGAGUCCUCGGACCCCGGCACGUGGGAUCCCCAAAGCCCAGAACAUGGGUUUCCCAGAGCCGCGGGACCCCCGACCCCGGAGUGUGGGACCCUGGAACCCCUGGACUCUGGCACGUGGGCCCCCUGGACCCGGCACCCCUGGAUGCCAUGACCCAGGAGCCCCGGAGUCACAGGAUCCCUGACCCUGGGUCACGAGACCCCCAGAGCCCUGGAGCCGUGGGAUCCCCAACCCCAGAAUGUGGGACCCCCAGAGUCCUUGGACCCCCACACCCUGGGACCUGGGAUCCCUGGGACACCCAGAGCCUGGCACGUGGGAUCCCCAGAGCCGCAGGACCCCUGUCCCCAGCAUGUGGGACCCCCAAGGCCCAGGACAUGGGACAUCCAGAGCCCUGGGACCCCCGACCCCGGAGCGUGGGGGCAUAGAACUCCCAGACCCUGGGACCUGGGACCCCCAGAGCCCUCACCCCUGGGCCCUGGCCUGCUGGGGGGCUCUGGCUGCUGCGCCCCAUG